UGGACACUUGAGACACUUCAUCUGAACCGCAUUAGGGACUGCAAUUUCUCAUCUCAAUAAUGCUUGACCAGCCCUUAAUUUUGGGACUGCAACCCAUGGUUCUAGACACUCCACACAGAGGAACCAUCAUUCUUGAAUCUACCUUGUCAAGUCCCCUCCCUUGACAUGAGUUGCAAUAAGGCUUUUCUUUCUCUUUCUCCUAAACUACAGAGAAUUUAGGUCUAGUCUGCUUAUUUUCUUCUCACGUGCAAACUCUUCAUUACAGGAAUCAAUCCAUAGGUUUACCCUUUUCUUUAAUGAUAUCAUGUUCUUAAUUCACCCAGUAUGCUAGGAAUUGAGGAGCAGGACUGUCUCUUUAAAUCUCAAUUGGAGCUGGCCCUUUAAGAGAUUCUACAUGAAGGCGCAUGCUCCAGAAUCGGGCCGGAGUCUUCAGACCGCAUGCUCCGGGUCCGGCACCCGGGCUGCCAGCGCGCAUGCUCCGGGACCGGCUCCCGGGCUGCCAGCGCGCAUGCUCCGGGUCCGGCACCCGGCCUGCCAGCGCGCAUGCUCCGGGUCCGGCACCCGGCCUGCCAGCGCGCAUGCUCCGGGUCCGGCACCCGGGCUGCCAGCGCGCAUGCUCCGGGUCCGGCACCCGGGCUGCCAGCGCGCAUGCUCUAACAUCGGGCUGGAUCUUUCGGCGUGCUGGAUGUGGGGCCCACGAUGGCUUCAGACGCUGCUGGCUUCCAACUCGGCGAUGACCUCUUUGACUCCAUACUCCUGGCCGAUGACAAAUUUCGUGGGAAAGGUUAUGAGGAAGGGUUUAUUGAAGGAGGUGAAUUGGGAGAAACUGAGGGACGGCGAUAUGGGUUAGCAAAUGGCGCGAAGAUUGGAUCUGAGGUUUCCUUUUACAAAGGCUUUGCAAUUACCUGGAAGUGUCUUCUUCAGAAUAAUCAAGAUGUUAAAAACAGUAAAAGGCUGAAAACCCUAAAUUCAAUGCUGGAGAUGAUUCACAGCUUUCCCUAUGAAGAUCCCACCAAUGACAAGUUGCAGGAGGACUUGGAGAAGAUACGGGCCAAGUUUAAGCAGAUUUGCUCUUUGCUGAAUAUACAGCCCACUUUUCACAAGGAGAAAGCAGCUGGGAUGUCCUUCUGAAGCACAAUGUGAUGAUUGGUCUUAAAUGCACUCAUUCUGAGAGAACAUUUGACCAAGGCAGCAGUAGGACUGUAUCUGAGGUUACUUCUGCAAGCAGAUGUAGAGGAUGGAUCUGGAUAAAAUCAGACUGUCUCAGAAGCAGACAAUGGCUUUGUAACUACAGGUUUGAAUGUGGUGUUGGAAAGGUAUAUGUUUACUUUUAAAAAAGAGGAAAUCCAAAUUCCUUCAUCCUUUUAGUAGAAGAAAAGCAAUUUUUUUUUUAAAUUGCUGUUUUUUGCUUUAAUGUGACGUGAACCAAUUGCUACAAAACCGUGAGGGGUUUUGUUCCCUAUCGGCAGCAGAUUUUUGAAGAGGGACUUGGGUUAUGAAAUGUAAUCAACUCCCAGCUUCUUAUCAGUUUGAGUUGAUUUUCCUGGGAACGCUUGUAGUGAACUAAUAAAUUCUGAAUUAUUUAAAACAUUUACAGGGUGGAAUAGAUCAGUAGACAUAAUCCAAAGAAGUUAUCAACAGAUGCUGGGAGUUUCCCCAUCUUUCCUGUUUUCCUGAACUGGAUUAAAAUUGAAGGUCAUCAUUUUAAAUUUGAUUAAAAGGAAGAAUUACAUUGAGAUAGUGCCUAUCACAACCGGAACAUUGCAAAGUGCUUUACCAGCCGCAAAAUACUUUUGAAAUUUGGUCACCAUUGUAAUGCAGAAAUGCCACACUGACGUGGGAAGAGCAAAGAAUCUUGCAUGACUUGGCUUCUUUUUCCCUCAGUUAUGUUGGUUGAAGGAUAAAUAUUGGCCAAGACACUGGGGUCCACAACUCUGCCGCUGGAAACAGUGUUAUGGGAUCUUUUUGAGAAAGCAGGCAGUUAAUGCCUUGUCCAAAAGAUGACACCUUUGACAGUGAAGCAGUCAUUCAUUACUGCACGAGAGGGUCUCCUUGAAGUGAGAUUUGAACCAAGGUUGAUGCCAUGUAUCAUUUUGUUGAGAAGUAUUUGGAGGAGUCUUGAUAAAGAUAUAUGUUGGAUAAGCACCAUCUUAACUGGUUAAUGAUGAAACUCAUUCAAAUAGUUUAUUGUAAUUGUGCGAUAUAAAUUCUUAACUGCAAUAAAAUUCAACACUAAUAUUUU